UGUGUCACCCGUGAAUUUCUCAUGUACCUACUAAAAUGGAGGUUAAUUUUCUAAUAUCUGUUCUCGGUGCUAUUACAUGCUUUGUAGUGAUAUAUUUUAAAUACAGUUUUAAUUAUUGGCUAUCGAGAGGGAUUCCGCAAAUUCCUCCCGCGUUCCCAUUUGGGACCAUAACAAAGGUAUUCUUGCGCCAGCAAAUGUUAGGGGAUAGAAUAAGGGAAGUUUAUAAUAUAAUGAAGGGACACGAAUGUGUGGGUGUUUACUUUUUUAAUCAACCAGUGCUGAUCCCUUUAAGUCGUGACCUAAUGAAACACAUUUUAACUAAAGACUUCCAAGCUUUUCAUGAUAGAGGGAUUUAUUACGACGAAGACAAUGAUCCUUUAAGUGCGCAUUUAUUUUCUUUAAGUGGAGUGAAGUGGCGUACGUUAAGAAAUAAACUUAGCCCAGCAUUUACUUCGGGAAAACUAAAAUUUAUGUUGGAGACGAUUUUAAAGUGCGGUAUUCAAAUGCAAAACGUCCUGUCUGAUUUGGCAGAAGUUUCCAAGGAAGUCGAAAUGAAAGAUACUAUGGCUAGGUUCACCACCGAUGUCAUAGGGUCUUGUGCGUUUGGAUUAGAAUGCAAUACCAUGAAGGAGCCCAAUACAAAAUUUAGACUAAUGGGACGAAGAGCUUUUACGCAAACGAUUUCAGAUAUGUUACGCAUCAUACUAAUUUAUUUAUGCCCGACGUUAGUGAAGCCCUUCGGUUUUGGGGUGUUCUCAAGUGAAGUAACUGACUUCUUUAAAAAUAUUGUAAAGGACACCAUGGAUUAUAGGGAACGUAAUAAAAUUUCGCGCAAAGACUUUUUACAGCUGUUAAUACAAUUAAAACAAAAUGGACGAUUGGAUAAUGAUGACCAUUCGAAUAACGAAGGGUGCGAUACGCCCGGCACCGUGCUAACAUUCGACGAGGCUGCCGCACAGGCAUUCAUUUUUUUCCUGGCGGGUUUUGAAACCACGUCAGCGACGAUGAGCUUCGCAGUGUUCGAAAUGUGUGUGAAUUUGGACAUACAAGAGCGCGCUCGCCAAGAUGUCCGAUCAGCUUUGCGAAAAUACGAUAAUCAAUUAACUUACGAGUGUCUAACCGAAAUGCCAUACCUUGACACAGUAAUAUCAGAAACCUUACGCAAGUACCCUCCAGCGCCGGUAUAUGCACGCAAAGCGACGGAAGAUUACAAAAUUCCUGGUACAAAGAUGACAAUACCGAACAAUUCGCCUGUUUUGUUGCCAAUAUGGGGAAUUCAGCACGAUCCAGAAUUUUGGCCUAAUCCGGAGAACUUUGACCCGGAACGAUUUAGCGAAGAAAAUAAGUCGAAAAUAUUAGAUUACACUUAUCUACCGUUCGGAGAAGGACCCCGAGUGUGCAUUGGUCAGCGUUUCGCCUUGAUCCAGAUUAAAAUUGGACUUAGUUUGCUACUGAACAAUUUUAAACUUACGCUUAAUCCAAAGACUCCGUUACCAUUAAAACUGGAACCCAAAGGGAUCGUAAUUACACCUGUAAGUGGUAUUUGGGUUGAGUUAAGUAGACUCGAUGAUAGUUAAAAGUUGGGACAGCUGCGCAAACAUUUACAUUUUUAUAUGAUUUCAAUUCAAGGAAGUUGUUCACUAGAAUAAUUAUAGAAAACAA